UAACCUUUUGUCUUGUGCCCCUAUAAUUUCUAUAUCAAUCUAUAAAUUUACCACAUAGCCAUAUUCACAGGGAUUUCUACAACAUAGUUUUCUAUUUCUUGCGAAUUUUGCGGUAUUCACUACAGUUUUCACCGGCUUUUUAUACCGAGCAUCAACAGAGACCUCAUAAUGGCAAACUGGCCAGCAAUCGGUUCCGUAAUCCUGCCCAACGUGGGUGGCUGGGUGAACGGCCUGUACUUCGCCGGCCAAAUCAAACGGGACAGUAAAGAGAAGAGUUGGUACGAUGACCUGAAGAAAUCUCCUUGCAAUCCUCCGAAGUGGGUGUUUGGGCCAGCUUGGACUGUGCUUUAUAGCGGCAUGGGUUAUGCGUCGUAUUUGGUGUUGGAGGAAUGCGAUGGGUUUACACACCGUGCCGUCCUCCCUAUGACUUUGUACGGCAGCCAACUGCUUCUGAACUGGGCCUGGACACCCAUCUUCUUUGGCCUUAAGGACUUCAAACUGGCUUUGAUCGAAAUCGGCGUCCUCACAGGCGCGGCAACCCUCACCACCAUUUCUUUCGCUAGCGUGGACAAGAAAGCUGGCCUCCUCAUGGUCCCAUAUCUGCUGUGGCUAGGUUAUGCCACACACUUGUCUCAUUACAUCUGGAAGCACAACCCUCAGCCUGCCAAGGUCACAGAGAUCAAAGAUGAGAAGGCUAAGUAAAGAUAUCGACAAUUCUUCAGUUAGUACGCUUGCAGCCAUCGAACGUGUUCUAUUUUAGAUGCCUAUUUCUGCUAUAUGUCUUGUUGUUACCUCAAGCUAGUACUUAUUAUUUUUGUCAAUUUUAGCUGUAUUUGUGUCAAAAUCUUUCAAAUAGCGGUUUCUAGGAAACUGUAGCGUUUUUAAUGGACAUGACAGUUUAUUGGAUGUGGCGAUGGGUAUUAUGUAGUUUUAUUAAAACGAAUAGUUUUAUAAAAUAAGCAAUAUCAUACAACUGUACACAUAAACAAUCUAUUAUUUAUAAUUCUAAAAACUAGUAUUCUUAAUCAAACUAAGCGUUAAAAAUAAAAAGAUCACGUUAGAGUAAUAUUUUUAUGAUUACUCAAUGUAAGAAAACAUCUGGGACACAAAAAAAUACAUUUAAACCUAUUUUUCUUUACCAAAGGAGUCAAACACAAUUAGAAAUUAGUCUUAAGACUUAUUUUAUCACCUAGUUUAUAAGAUCCGAAGUGACCUUUUUACACAAAAAAGUAAUACGAGUAUUCAUGUGUAUUUAUUAUGUCUCCUUAAACAUUUAAAAAUGAACAUGUUAUCUAUGUUAUCAUUUAGUCAUUCCUAUUGCAUUUAAAAAGAAAAUAUGUCUUUAAAAUUCCAACAAAUAUCAAUUUAGAAAUAAGUUAAAACGAAAGUAGUACAGUUUGUCAUAAUAAUUAUAACUUCAUUAUAACUAUUAUAAGUACAAAGUGGAAAAUCAAAAAACUUGGCGCUAACUCUGCGUGCACAUAUUUUCAUCUAAACUACGAUAGUUUUUGACAAACUGUGAAUUUUCAUAAAUCUAAAGUAUGCUGAAAUCACGAACAAUGUUUUCUGAUAGUAUUUAUUUUUGAAUAUUUUAUUGUUUCUUGUUGCUCUUGUAAUAAAAGUACCUCAACUUUAAAUUUA